GCCCCGGAGUCGCCAUGGCAAUAAACCGGGCCUUCACCUCCCAUUCUACUACCUCUGCCGUCGCAGCCACCACUCUCUUCUGGCCCGCCGGUUCUUGAUGUGAAGAAUGGCUCGCCGUAGAUACGACUAUCGAUGGAAGGAAGUACAGAUUAUCAAUGGCUACGCCGUGCUUCUGGCGUACAUGAUCUUCUCAAUCAGAGGGAUAGGCUUACUAGUGGUUACAUGGACCACGGUUGUUCUUCUCGGUGGCUUCGUCUCCAUGAUUGAUGAGCAUGAUUUUUGGCGUCUCACGGUGAUUACACUCGUACAGAUACUCUGGAUAAAUGCGUCUUUCUUGGAAAGGAUGACUUCUGUUUGGGAUAUGGAUUCGAGCUCAAAGACGGUGAAAAAUCUAAUGACUCGCAAGUGGCAGCUGGCUAAUAAGGCACGCGGAGGACAUCCAAAAUUGGCAGUCAUUCAACGAGUUGUUGCGGCAGUACGUGUGGUCGUAGGAUGGGUUCUGGCGGUAAUUCACAAUGUGCUGUUGAACUUAUGUAUUCUAUCUGCGGCAUCUCUAUUUGCGUUUGGGCUGUUAGUUACCACUUCAAUUUCGAUCUACGGUUUAGUGAAACACGACUAUUACGGCGAGGAUGGGGACAGAAGAAACAUGUAUCCGGCGCAUAAUGUCUUGUACGUCCUCUGUGUGGCCCAAGGUGCCGUUUUCCUAUAUAUAUUCGUCUUGUUCCGAUGGGAGAAGACGAUAGUGAACCAAGUGAGCCAAGCAUACGGCUUCCAAGAUGGAGAUCGUGUAGUUAUGAACUAUUGUGAGGAAACCAGGUGGGAAUGCAAUACCAAGCCAUCCUCCGCUGACAAAAGGAACCUCAUCACUUAUGCGAUCGAACUUGUGGAGUCCAAGUCAUCUAGUAGCUGCCUUUCUGGGACAUUGAUACUUGACAGACUACUCACACGGCAAUAUUCGGACAAGAUUAAAGCUCCUACUUUGAUGGAACAAGAAGAAGAAAAACAGCGGCAGCGACAACAGCAGCUACAGAAGCAGAAGCGAUUAGAUUUAGAGGGCAAAGCUGAAGCUCAGUUGAUUGAAAAGGAGGAGGCGAAGGAGGAGGGGAGGAAGAGUAUGGAAGAGAGGAAGAAGAGAGAGGAGAGGAGAAAAAAGCGUCAGCAAAGGGAGGAGGCGAUCAUUGCGCAGCAGCGAACAGUGAUAAAGCGCCUGAUUGGGUCUGCAUCCUCUACCCAUAUUCUCCAGAAACUGCUUCGGACGCUUGAUUCAAGACGCUCAUACGAUAAAAAGAUAAGGGAGGCUGCUGCCAGAAUAGUGGAGCACGUCGCCAGUGGGAUCCGUUUGGAGCAGUUCCCGGGAGGGAUCAACAACAUAUCUUCACUCAUCGACAACUUCGAAGAAUACCGUCGACUCCAGCCAGACGAAUCAGCAUCAUUAACAUCAAACACAGAUGAAGCCACUACAGCAACUGUGCCGCCGUCAUCAAACACAGAUGAAAACAAUGGUGAUGAGGAGGAACAAGGGAGUUAUUCAUCAUCUGAGUCUGAGUCAGAGCCAGAGCCAGAGCCAGAGUCAGAGUCAGAACCAGCGUCUGAGUAUUCGGAGUCUGAACCAGAAUCAGAGUCAUACAACGGCAUCAGUCGGCCAUUAUCAUCUAAUAAGCCGCUCAAUGGAUACAAAGAUCUGGUGCUUACUGGUCUAAGUAUCCUCUGGAGGCUCGCAGGCAGUGAGGACAACUGCAUAAUCAUAAACAACACCAAACAUCUUGUCUCCAAAAUCAUGGCGCCUGUUAGCUAUGACCUAGUGCACCGGACCCAUCAUAGUGCAUGGUCCACUAGUGUAGUAGAGGCCUCAAUGAAGGUGAUGCUUCGGCUCAUCGCGACUGCCAAGAAUACCAAUGGAGACACUGCGGCUGAUCUGUGUCGACAGACCUCGAACAAGGGAGCAAUCACUACCAUGGAAAAAAUUGUUACCUGUGAGGAAUGUAAAGGCGGAGAGCUGCAGAUGACCGCCAUGCAGAUCCUGGUGCAACUAGGAAGAUGUAGUUUCACCAAGAUGCUCGUAGAUCUCUUCAUUAAAGGUAACUGCAGUGACGUUUCUAUCAGAAAGACUGCAGGUAAAGAAUUGGUGCUGCUGUUUCUCGACAGCAAAAGCGUCGCCGCCCUCCUCCCCAAGGAGGAAAACGAUGAGUUUGUUGAUGGUCUCGCUGAAUUAGUUUCACAAGUUGGGAACGACAACGAAUGCAGAAAAAGUGCAGCGGAAAUUCUGGAGCAUAUGUGUAUUCAUUACACUGAGAAUGACAAAUAUCUUCGGUGCCAGAAAGAAGAGAAUGCCGAAAAACUUCGCGAAAGAAAAGAGAAUGAUGAUUAUCUCAGUACAAUCAAGAAUGCCAUGGCCAGUGCGAUGCCAAAGGUUCUCAGAGAAAUAAUAUUUGAUCAUGGGUUAACUGGAGAAGAAGGAAAGCCUGGAUACAUCAGACCAGAUACUGACAUCGAAAGCCAAGUCGCCACCGACGGCAAAAUUGACGAGAAUAAGAACAACAAUGUUUCCUCAUCUCAUUGGCAAAACCAAUACAACAAGUUGUAUGUUGCCCUGAUGUCCCUGUAUGUCACAGCAUGUGAGAAGUUAGAACUUGAUAUUGACGCAAUUUCACCGGGAGAAGGAGACGAAGGAGAAGGUGUCGCGUUCAGGUUUGCGAUGCAGAUGGUGCAGUUAAGCAGAGAUCGUGUCAGUGCCGACAGCUUGACAGUGAUAAAGCUUAGCACAAGGAUUGUCAUAGCAACGAUGAUGAAACUCCAGGGGACUGACUGCCGUGCCGUCAAAUCAGCUGAACUGGAGAGACUCAUUGACUCGCUCACCAGCGUUUCAGAUGCCAUGCUGGAUCUCGAGGGCAGCAUGAUUUUCACCAACGGGAUGAUGGCGAUACCUGCCACUGACGGCACCCUCGAUUCCCUUGUGAAAGAAGCACAGAAACUCCACCACAAAAUAAAGAGCCAAGACUCAGGAAAUAAUGUCAGCUAGCUAGCUAUCAUAGGGAAAACAAGCUAGAUUAUUUGCUACGCAUUUGCGCCAGACUACUAUAUUGAGAUAUGGAUUUCGUUUAUUUAUUCAACUGUGCUGUUGCUUGUAAUAUUUCCUCUGUUUAUUCAACUGUACUGUACUUGUAAUAAACCGUGCUGUACUACCAUGUUCCACGCUUGUCAUGCA